AUGGAUGAUUUCAUUUACCCUGACCCUUCGCCUCAACAGCGAUAUUAUUUGUACUGUACAUGUACAGCCAAAAUUUAUGGUUUCGACUGCACAGAUUCUGGCAGCUUUGCUACCGGCGCGAUCAGAUCUGAAGCCUUUGUGUUUCCUAUCCCUGAGAAGCUCCCGUCUGAUGCUGCUGCUCCACUUAUGUGCGGCGGAAUCACUGUCUGUGCCGCUUUGACGCUCCACGGAGUUGUCAAGCCGAAUGAUACAGUAGGUAUCAUUGGCAUUGGUGGACUGGGGCAUCUGGCCAUUCAGUUUGCUAAGGCAAUGGGCUGUGAAGUUGUUGUUUUCAGUACAACGGAGUCAAAGAGGGAGCAGGCAAUCCAGCUGGGUGCCUCGCACUUCGUGGUGACCAAGGGCAAAUUCGAGUUGAGCGUUCCGCGAAAGAUCAACCACCUAUUGAUCACCGCGUCCCAACAGCCUGACUGGAAGCAAUUCAUGCCAAUUAUGGCUAAGGGCGGAUCUAUUUAA